GCAGGGGAGAUCCCACACAGGUGGGCAGGCGUGACGCGGACGGACAGGAGAUGCCACAAACUUUGGUGGUUCGCACUGCUGUGGGGCCAGUGGGGCCACAUCAGGCACCGUUUUUGGAGGGUCAUAGGCGUCGUGCACAUGGUGGUGGCCCAGUCGAGGAGCGACGUGUAGGCAUGGGCGCGUGCAUACCCCUGGUCCCUACUUUUGCGCCGUCACGGACGAGGCCGGAGAUUAGGGAUGUGGCAACGCGUCGGGGCAGCCUCCCUUUUGGUUUUAUGACCGCUGAGGAGUUGGAGGAGCACGGCAGGAGGGAUUUGACGGAGAUCGACCAGCGCGUUUUAAGGUCAGUCCCGGAGGAGGGGAAACUACCUCACGUGCGGGACUUAUCUUUGGGGCCAGCCAGCCCCAGCUUACCUUCUGGGUGUUCCAUCGCAGCGCCAUCUGGCGGGGCUGCAGGGGGCUUACCUUCUGAAGGUUCCGUCACAGCGGCAUCUGGCAGGGCUGCAGGGGGCUUACCUUCUGGAGGUUCGGUCGCAGCGCCAUCCGGCGGCGCUGCAGGCCCUUCGUCACCCUUGACCGCAACUCCGAGGGAGGGCGGCAGUCUCAUCCCGAGGUCGGUUGCCCGUAGACGGAGAGACACUACCCAGCGUGCGAGGGAGUUGCUGGACACCAUGUUGUUCGGUCGCACUGAUCGACCAUGGAGCGAGACGAGAGGGAUGACGACGGCGAGUGCCGGUCAUCAGCCAGGUUUGAGAGGGGCUUCCAUGGGCGUGAGACGUCGAGAUGUUGUGGCUUCAGGGUUUGGUGGUAGAGGCGGUGGCGGCGUUGGCAGCGGUGGCGACGGUGACGACAGACGUGAUGGUGCAGGUGGUGUCGCGGCGAGCGCAGUGAAACCGCCCUUGACGUACGGUUUGAGAGAGGCGUCUAUUAUUUUGCAGGAUCAUGACGUUGUUACACGACCGAGGCAGGAGAGACACGUGCCCUUAGAUCGACGCCAGGAGAGGGAGACUUCAGGGACAGACGGUCUACCUAUGGCACGCGAGUCACGCCGACGUGAUGACCUAGCAGCCGCAGGCAUCAGGAAAGUGAGAGGCAGGAGAGUCAUUAUGGACGACGAUCCCGACCAGCGUCCCGUCGCUCCCGAGCCUUCCGCUGUCAGACGCGGCAGCCAGCGUUAGAGAGAUCGAGGACGUGGGAGUGGUCGGUCCCACGGACGAGGUUCUCAUCGGUCCGAGCGAG